AUGUCAUUUAUUAAUAAAUUCUUUUCAUUUCAAUCAUUAGAUCCUCAUAUUAUUGAUAUCUAUCGAGAUCUUUAUACAUUAUCUGAUAUAAAUGGAAUGAUUAAAUUUUAUUCAUCAACAUUAGGAAAACAAUUACUUGAAAAAGAACCUCAAACUGAAACUCUUCUUACUCAAUUAAUUCAAAAACGAGUACAAGAAAACAUGUCACAAAUUAUUUCAUAG